UCACAAAAAGAAAAAAAAAAGCUUAAUGGGCUUAUUUGUCUUAUGUAUGUUGUUAAAACAUAUUGGGCCUUUAAUGGGCUUUGAUAUAAAUAUAUCAAAUAGUUGUUCCGAUUGUCAUGGCGGAGUAGUAGUAGAACAGUUUAUGCAAACAGAAGGAACCCUAAAAAUUCGAAAUUUACGGGAGAGAAUGGAGGAAUCGAAGCAGCAGCAGCAGCUACAUGAACAACAACGACAGCUCCUUGUUCAAAUGCAGCAACAACAACAACUGCAACAGCGUCAACAACAGCUCUUUCUGAUGCAGCAUUUGCAGAAACAGCAGCAGCAACAGGUGACGAUGUCGAGGUUUCCGAUGAACAUCGACCCUCAUCUCCGUCCUCCCGGGUUAAUCCAGAACCGACCCGUUAACCCGUUUCUUCAGAACGCUAACCCUACCCCUAAUUUGAUUCAACAAGGCAAUAACUUUCAUCAACUCCAACAGCAGCAGAUGAUGAUGAUGCAGCAACAGCAGCAACAACAACAACAGCAGAAAUUGAUGCGUCCUUCGAAUCAAUCGGAGAUGCAAUUCGCUUACCAGGACGCUUGGCGUGUCUGCCAUCCCGAUUUCAAGCGACCUUUCGCUUCUCUCGAAGACGCUUGUGAAAGAUUGCUACCUUAUCACGUCGUAGCAGAUUACGAAGCAGAGGAAGAGGAGGCUAAGAUCCUUGAAUCAGACCCAACAAGCAAGAAGCUACCUCUCUGUCAGCUAUGGGAUAACAACAUUGCAGCCAAAUUUGCAGAAUUCAAGGCUACGUUUGAGGAACAAGCCCAAGCUUUCAACAGAAUAACUCAGAAGAGAAACGAUGGAGAAGCCAGAGCUGAGGAAAGGCUGAUGAUUGAACAUCUUCUGCUGCAGGACGAGAGAAAAGCAUGUAUUGAGCUGAAAUCGGAACUGGAUAGGGAGAUGAAGGAACAGGAGGCGAGGUUAAGAAUGGCGGCUAUGUCACAGGCGAGGGCAGCAGAGUCGCAACAAUCUCAUGCGGAGAUGAUGGCUCGCAACCCGUUGAGAGCUAAUGCGAUUGGGAACCAUGGAGAACAGGGGCGUAACAUGAACCCUAAUGAGAUGAUGAUGCUGAUGAACGGAUGGGGGAAUAACAAUAUCAAUAGUAACAGCCAGAAAGAGGAGAAGGAACCGUUGGAAGAAGAUUUCUUGAAUGAUGAAGAAAAUGAAAAUGGUGAACAGGAGAACUGGCGAAGGAGUGGGCACUUUGAUUUGAAUAUUCGGUAAAAGGGGGAUAGAACCAAUAAUUUUUCUUUUUUUUUUUGUUUGUUUAGUGGUCCAAAGACUCAGUUUGAUGAUGUAGUUAAAACUUGAAUGGUAGGAGUGAAUAAGGUGAAAUAAAAAUAACAAUGAACAAGUGUUUUUUUUAGGUGGACUAA